AUGUAUAUGGAUGAUGAAGUGGUUCUGCAGUGCACUGCAACUGUUCACAAGGAGCAACAGAAAUUGUGUCUUGCUGCAGAAGGAUUUGGCAACAGGCUUUGCUUUUUGGAAUCCACAUCUAAUUCUAAGAAUGUUCCACCUGAUUUGUCCAUCUGCACCUUUGUGCUGGAGCAGUCUCUGUCAGUACGAGCCCUCCAGGAAAUGCUGGCUAACACAGAAGAAAAGGCAGAAGGGUCUGCACAAGGUGGUGGACAUCGAACGCUGCUCUACGGGCAUGCAAUCUUGCUGCGCCAUUCUUACAGCGGCAUGUACCUGUGCUGUCUCUCUACAUCUCGAUCGUCAAUGGAUAAGCUGGCAUUUGAUGUAGGAUUGCAAGAGGACACAACAGGUGAGGCUUGCUGGUGGACCAUACAUCCUGCUUCCAAACAACGAUCUGAAGGAGAAAAAGUGCGUGUUGGAGAUGAUCUGAUUUUAGUCAGUGUCUCUUCAGAAAGAUAUUUGCAUCUCUCUUAUGGCAAUGGUAGCUUACAUGUUGAUGCAGCCUUCCAGCAGACCCUCUGGAGCGUAGCACCAAUCAGUUCAGGAAGUGAAGUUGCCCAAGGAUACCUGAUAGGAGGGGAUGUUCUGAGGUUAUUGCAUGGUCACAUGGAUGAAUGUUUGACAGUCCCUUCGGGUGAACAUGGAGAAGAACAAAGAAGAACUGUCCAUUAUGAAGGUGGUGCUGUGUCCAUUCAUGCUCGUUCCCUUUGGCGACUAGAGACUCUAAGAGUUGCGUGGAGUGGCAGCCACAUUAGAUGGGGACAGCCAUUCAGACUAAGACAUAUAACAACAGGAAAAUAUUUAAGUCUCCUGGAUGACAAGAGUCUACUUCUUACAGACAAAGAGAAGGCAGAUGUAAAAUCUACAGCGUUCUGUUUUCGGUCUUCUAAGGAAAAGUUGGACAUAGGUACAAGAAAAGAGGUGGAUGGAAUGGGAGCACCUGAAAUAAAGUAUGGGGAUUCAAUCUGCUUCAUACAGCACGUAGAUACAGGCUUAUGGCUCACGUACCAGUCUGCUGAUGCAAAGUCUGUAAGGAUGGGCUCUCUGCAGCGAAAGGCAAUAAUGCACCAUGAAGGGCACAUGGAUGAUGGUUUAACACUGUCUAGAUCUCAGAAUGAAGAAUCCCGUACAGCACGUGUCAUCCGUAGUACAGUCUUCCUUUUCAACAGGUUCAUAAGGGGCCUUGAUUCCCUCAGCAAGAAAGUGAAGUCUUCCACCAUUGAUUUGCCUAUCGAGUCAGUCAGUCUGAGCCUACAGGACUUGAUUGGCUACUUUCACCCCCCUGAUGAACAUUUGGAGCAUGAAAACAAACAAAACAGGCUCAGAGCUCUGAAGAAUCGCCAGAACCUCUUCCAAGAAGAGGGUAUGAUCAACCUUGUUCUUGAAUGUAUUGAUCGCUUGAAUGUAUACAGCAGUGCAGCUCACUUUGCAGAUGUAGCUGGGAAGGAAGCUGGAGAAGCAUGGAAAUCUAUUCUGAAUUCUUUGUAUGAAUUGCUAGCCGCUCUGAUUCGAGGAAAUCGUAAAAACUGUGCUCAGUUUUCUGGAUCUCUUGAUUGGCUGAUCAGCAGAUUAGAAAGACUGGAAGCCUCUUCUGGAAUUCUAGAGGUUUUACAUUGUGUGUUGGUAGAAAGCCCAGAAGCACUAAACAUUAUUAAGGAAGGACAUAUUAAAUCAAUCAUCUGUCUUUUGGACAAGCAUGGAAGAAACCAUAAGGUUUUGGAUGUUUUGUGUUCUCUCUGUGUUUGUCAUGGAGUAGCUGUGCGGUCCAAUCAACAUCUAAUUUGUGAUAAUCUUCUGCCAGGAAGAGAUCUGCUCUUACAGACACGCCUUGUCAACCAUGUGAGCAGCAUGCGACCCAACAUCUUCUUGGGGAUUAGUGAAGGCUCAGCCCAAUACAGAAAAUGGUACUAUGAACUUAUGGUGGACCAUCUAGAGCCCUUUGUGACUGCAGAAUCAACUCAUCUACGCGUGGGCUGGGCUUCAACAGAAGGCUACUCACCCUACCCAGGAGGAGGAGCAGAGUGGGGAGGAAACGGUGUUGGUGAUGACUUAUAUUCCUAUGGCUUUGAUGGGCUACAUCUGUGGUCAGGUUGUGUAGCACGAACAGUAAAUUCUCCCAACCAACAUCUCUUAAGAACUGAUGAUGUUAUUAGCUGCUGUUUGGACCUGAGUGCCCCCAGCAUCUCCUUCCGAAUAAAUGGUCAGCCAGUUCAAGGAAUGUUUGAAAACUUCAACAUAGAUGGCCUCUUCUUCCCAGUUGUCAGCUUCUCUGCAGGAAUAAAGGUUCGUUUCUUGCUUGGUGGUCGCCAUGGAGAGUUCAAGUUCCUUCCUCCACCUGGAUAUGCUCCAUGCUUUGAAGCCGUCCUACCAAAAGAGAAGCUGAAAGUGGAGCACAGCCGAGAGUACAAACAGGAUCGCAGCUACACAAGAGACCUACUGGGUCCCACUGUCUCUCUGUCACAAGCAGCUUUCACUCCAGUCCCUGUAGAUACUAGCCAGAUUGUUUUGCCACCUCACCUGGAAAGAAUAAGAGAAAAAUUAGCAGAGAACAUCCAUGAACUUUGGGUUAUGAAUAAGAUUGAACUUGGCUGGCAGUAUGGACCAGUUAGAGACGACAACAAAAGACAACACCCGUGCUUAGUGGAGUUCUCGAAAUUGCCGGAGCAGGAAAGAAAUUAUAACUUGCAAAUGUCGCUUGAAACACUGAAAACCCUGCUGGCAUUAGGCUGCCAUGUUGGAAUUGCUGAUGAACGUGCUGAAGAAAAAGUGAAAAAAAUGAAACUUCCAAAGAACUAUCAACUGUUGAGUGGCUAUAAGCCAGCGCCCAUGGAUCUGAGUUUUAUCAAACUGACCCCCUCUCAAGAAGCCAUGGUGGAUAAAUUAGCAGAGAAUGCUCACAAUGUUUGGGCAAGGGACCGUAUAAGGCAAGGCUGGACAUACGGCAUCCAGCAGGAUGUGAAAAAUCGACGAAAUCCUCGCCUGGUACCGUACGCUCUUUUGGAUGAUCGGACAAAAAAGUCCAACAAGGACAGCCUUCGGGAAGCAGUCCGAACCCUUCUAGGCUAUGGUUACCAUCUGGAAGCUCCUGACCAAGAUCAUGCAACAAGGCUGGAUGUGUGCAGUGGGAUAAUGGAAAAGUUCAGGAUCUUCCGCACAGAAAAGACUUACGCAGUGAAGGCUGGGAAGUGGUACUUCGAGUUUGAGGCAGUUACUGCAGGAGACAUGAGAGUUGGCUGGACCAGGCCAGGCUGUCUGCCAGAUCAGGAGCUUGGCUCGGAUGAAGAAGCUUUUGUUUUUGAUGGCUUUAAGGCACAGCGGUGGCAUCAAGGUAACGAGCAUUUUGGCCGCUCUUGGCUGGCAGGAGAUGUUGUUGGAUGUAUGGUUGACAUGAAUGAACACACUAUGAUGUUCACCUUAAAUGGUGAAAUCCUCCUUGAUGACUCAGGCUCAGAACUUGCAUUUAAGGACUUUGAGGUUGCUGACGGAUUCCUACCUGUGUGCAGCUUGGGCCCAUCUCAAGUUGGAAGAAUGAAUUUUGGAAAAGAUGUCAGCACCCUAAAAUAUUUCACUAUAUGUGGUUUACAGGAAGGGUAUGAACCCUUUGCUGUUAAUACAAACAGAGACAUCACCAUUUGGCUGAGUAAAAGGCUUCCUCAGUUUCUACCAGUGCCACAAAACCAUGAACAUAUUGAGGUAAUGAGAAUUGAUGGCACCAUAGACAGCUGCCCCUGUCUGAAGGUCACACAGAAGUCCUUUGGUUCACAGAACAGUAAAACAGAUGUCAUGUUUUUUCGAUUAAGCAUGCCCAUUGAAUGUGCUGAGGUGUUCUCCAGAUCAGCUGCAGGAGGCUUACCAGGCUCUGGUCUUUUUGGCCCAAAAAAUGACUUGGAGGAUUAUGAUGCUGAUUCUGAUUUUGAGGUUCUCAUGAAAACUGCUCAUGGUCAUCUGGUUCCUGACCGGACAGAAAGAGAAAAAGAUGCCACAAAACCAGAAUUGAAUAACCAUAAAGAUUAUGUUCAAGAAAAGCCCUCACGUCUUAAACAAAGAUUUAUGCUCAGGAGGACAAAGCCAGAUUACAGCACGAGUCACUCUGCACGGCUUACUGAGGAUGUGCUAGCAGAUGAUAGGGAUGACUAUGAUUAUUUGAUGCAAACUUCCACGUACUAUUAUUCUGUGAGAAUAUUUCCUGGUCAAGAACCUGCUAAUGUCUGGGUGGGCUGGAUUACAUCAGAUUUCCACCAGUAUGACACAAGCUUUGACUUGGACAGAGUGCGCACCGUCACAGUUACACUGGGAGAUGAAAAAGGGAAGGUUCAUGAGAGUAUAAAACGCAGCAACUGCUAUAUGGUGUGCGCAGGAGAGAGCCUGAGCCCUGGGCAAGGACGUAAUAAUAAUGGCCUGGAGAUUGGUUGCUUGGUUGAUGCUGCCAGUGGCCUGCUGACCUUCACAGCUAAUGGCAAGGAACUAGGCACCUACUAUCAGGUUGAACCAAGUACAAAGUUGUUUCCUGCUGUAUUCGCUCAAGCUACAAGCCCCAAUGUUUUCCAGUUUGAAUUGGGAAGAAUAAAGAAUGUAAUGCCGUUAUCUGCUGGAUUAUUCAAAAGUGAACACAAAAACCCAGUCUCUCAGUGUCCUCCACGUCUCCACGUCCAGUUUCUGACUCAUGUGCUUUGGAGCAGAGUGCCAAACCACUUCUUGAAGGUGGAUGUGUCUCGGAUCAGUGAACGUCAAGGCUGGAUGAUACAGUGCCUGAAUCCUUUGCAGUUCAUGGCCCUUCAUAUUCCUGAGGAAAACAGAACAAUUGAUAUUUUAGAGCUGACAGAACAAGAAGAACUGCUGAAAUUUCACUACCACACCCUCCGAUUGUAUUCAGCUGUUUGUGCUUUAGGCAACAACCGAGUGGCCCAUGCUCUGUGUAGCCAUGUAGAUGAAUCUCAGCUCCUCUAUGCUAUUGAGAAUAAAUACAUGCCAGGAUUAUUACGUGCAGGAUAUUAUGACUUACUCAUUGACAUCCAUCUCAAUACCUAUGCAACUGCCAGGUUGAUGAUGAAUAAUGAAUUUAUAGUUCCAAUGACAGAUGAGACCAAGAGUAUUACUUUGUUUCCUGAUGAAAACAAAAAACACGGCCUUCCUGGUAUAGGACUUAGCACUUCAUUAAGGCCAAGAAUGCAGUUUUCCUCCCCGAGUUUUGUAAGCAUUAGCAGCGAAUGCUUUCAAUUCAGUCCUGAAUUCCCUCUGGAAAUUUUGAAGGCCAAAACCAUAGAGAUGCUGACUGAAGCUGUCCAAGAGGGAAGCCUCCAUGUCAGAGAUCCAGUUGGAGGUUCUACAGAAUUUCUGUUUGUCCCUCUGAUCAAGCUCUUUUAUACCCUCCUAAUUAUGGGAAUCUUCCACAAUGAGGAUCUGAAACAUAUCUUGCAGUUGAUUGAGCCCCGGGUUUUCAGAGAAGCAAUGAGCCAGGAGGAUGAAAUUGAUUUCUCAGAGAAGGAGUUCAGUACAGGUGACCUCAAGUCAGAAGAAGGAGAGGAAGAAACCAGAGGGGAGCAAAUGCCAAAGGAAGGACUCCUUCAGAUGAAACUUCCAGAACCUGUUAAAUUACAGAUGUGUCACCUACUCCAGUACCUGUGUGAUUGCCAAGUACGGCACAGGAUAGAAGCCAUUGUAGCAUUUUCCGAUGAUUUUGUGGCCAAGCUCCAAGAGAAUCAACGCUUCCGGUACAAUGAAGUGAUGCAGGCCUUGAACAUGUCUGCUGCCCUGACAGCUAGAAAAACAAAAGGGACAAUUAACAUGCUGCUGAACUUUAAAGAUGACAAAAAUGAUUGUCCUUGCCCUGAAGAAAUUCGGGAUCAACUCUUGGAUUUCCAUGAAGACCUAAUGACACACUGUGGAAUUGAACUAGAUGAAGAUGGGACCUUGGAUGGCAACAGUGAUUCAACUAUCAGGGGUCGCCUCCUAUACCUUAUGGAAAAAGUUACAUAUCUGAAGAAAAAACAAGCUGAGAAGACAGUAGAUGAUGAUGAUAAGACAUCCUCUACUCUCCAGCAGCUGAUUUCGGACACGAUGGUGCGUUGGGCCCAGGAGUCAGUGAUAGAAGACCCAGAGUUAGUGAGGGCCAUGUUUGUGCUGCUGCAUCGCCAGUAUGAUGGUAUUGGUGGCCUGGUUCGAGCUCUACCAAAGACCUACACCAUAAAUAGCGUGUCUGUGGAAGACACCAUCAAUCUCCUGGCAUCCCUUGGCCAAAUCCGUUCCUUGCUUAGUGUCAGAAUGGGGAAGGAAGAGGAGAAGCUUAUGAUUCGCGGAUUAGGUGACAUUAUGAAUAAUAAAGUGUUUUACCAACAUCCAAACCUCAUGAGAGCUUUAGGCAUGCAUGAAACUGUCAUGGAAGUGAUGGUGAAUGUGCUUGGUGGAGGAGAAUCCAAGGAAAUCACUUUCCCAAAGAUGGUGGCAAACUGCUGUCGUUUUCUGUGUUAUUUUUGCCGCAUCAGCAGGCAGAACCAAAAAGCUAUGUUUGAUCAUCUUAGCUAUUUAUUGGAAAACAGCAGUGUUGGCCUUGCCUCUCCUUCUAUGCGAGGGUCCACUCCUUUAGAUGUUGCUGCAGCAUCUGUAAUGGAUAACAAUGAACUUGCUCUGGCUUUAAGGGAACCUGAUCUGGAGAAGGUGGUUCGCUACUUGGCUGGAUGUGGGUUGCAGAGUUGUCCUUUGUUGAUUUGUAAAGGCUACCCGGACAUUGGAUGGAAUCCAGUUGAAGGAGAACGAUAUCUGGAUUUUCUCCGUUUUGCUGUUUUUUGCAAUGGAGAGAGUGUGGAGGAGAAUGCUAAUGUUGUAGUCAGACUGCUUAUUCGCCGACCUGAAUGUUUUGGUCCUGCUCUAAGAGGAGAAGGAGGCAAUGGGUUGCUUGCUGCCAUGGAGGAGGCAAUACAAAUAUCAGAAGAUCGAACAAGAGAUGGGCCUUCCCCAAGUAAUGGAUCUAGUAAAACCCUUGAAAUAGAAGAACAAGAAGAUGACACUAUUCAUAUGGGAAAUGCAAUCAUGACCUUUUAUGCUGCCUUGAUUGAUCUCUUAGGACGUUGUGCCCCUGAAAUGCAUCUAAUCCAUGCUGGGAAAGGAGAAGCCAUUAGAAUCAGAUCAAUUCUACGGUCUUUGAUUCCACUUGAAGAUUUGGUGGGAGUAAUCAGUAUUGCUUUCCACAUGCCAACCAUAGCAAAAGAUGGUACUGUGGUGGAACCUGACAUGUCUGCGGGGUUUUGCCCUGAUCACAAGGCAGCCAUGGUUUUGUUCCUUGACAGGGUCUAUGGAAUUGAGGACCAGGAUUUUCUUCUACACCUUCUUGAAGUUGGCUUUCUGCCAGACCUUCGUGCUGCUGCCUCAUUAGAUACGGCUGCUUUAAGUGCUACAGAUAUGGCUUUGGCUCUGAAUCGAUACCUUUGCACAGCGGUCUUGCCUCUCUUGACCAGAUGUGCUCCUCUGUUUGCUGGCACAGAGCACCAUGCUUCCCUCAUCGAUUCCUUAUUGCACACUGUGUACAGACUCUCAAAGGGAUGCUCUCUUACCAAAGCUCAGCGAGAUUCUAUUGAAGAGUGUUUGCUGUCUAUCUGUGGGCAGUUGCGGCCUUCCAUGAUGCAGCAUUUGCUGAGGAGAUUAGUAUUUGAUGUUCCUCUGUUAAAUGAACAUGCAAAGAUGCCUCUCAAGUUGCUGACAAAUCAUUAUGAAAGAUGCUGGAAGUAUUAUUGUUUGCCAAGUGGAUGGGGUAACUUCGGUGCUGCCUCAGAAGAAGAACUUCAUUUAUCCAGAAAGUUGUUCUGGGGUAUUUUUGAUGCUUUAUCUCAAAAGAAGUAUGAACAGGAACUGUUCAAACUGGCUUUGCCUUGUCUCAGUGCAGUUGCAGGGGCCUUACCUCCAGAUUAUAUGGAAUCAAAUUAUGUCAAUAUGAUGGAAAAACAGUCUUCGAUGGAUUCAGAUGGGAACUUUAAUCCUCAACCUGUUGAUACCUCAAACAUUACAAUCCCUGAGAAGCUAGAAUAUUUCAUUAACAAAUAUGCAGAACAUGCUCAUGACAAAUGGUCAAUGGAAAAGUUUGCCAAUGGAUGGACCUAUGGUGAAACCUUUUCUGAAUCUGCAAAAGUGCAGCCAUUAAUGAAACAAUAUAAGUUGCUGUCUGAAAAGGAGAAAGAAAUUUAUCGAUGGCCAAUCAAAGAAUCACUAAAAACCAUGCUGGCAUGGGGAUGGCGAAUUGAAAGGACACGGGAAGGAGAUUCCAUGGCGCUCUAUAAUCGGACGCGUCGCAUAUCUCAAACCAGUCAAAUCUCUGUAGAUACAGCCCAUGGUUACACUCCUCGAGCAAUUGACAUGAGCAAUGUCACCCUCUCCAGAGACUUACAUGCUAUGGCUGAGAUGAUGGCUGAAAACUACCAUAACAUAUGGGCAAAGAAAAAGAAACUGGAGCUCGAAGCAAAAGGAGGAGGCAACCAUCCCCUUCUUGUUCCUUAUGAUACACUCACAGCCAAAGAAAAAGCCAAAGACAGAGAAAAAGCACAGGAUAUUCUGAAAUUUCUACAGAUUAAUGGAUAUGUUGUCUCCAGAGGACUUAAGGACCUGGAAUUAGACACUCCUUCCAUUGAGAAGCGUUUUGCCUACAGCUUCCUUCAGCAGCUUAUAAGAUACGUGGAUGAAGCCCAUCAGUACAUUUUGGAGUUCGAUGGUGGCAGCAGAGGCAAAGGAGAGCAGUUCCCAUAUGAACAAGAAAUCAAGUUUUUUGCCAAAGUUGUGCUCCCUUUGAUUGAUCAGUAUUUUAAAAAUCAUCGCCUGUAUUUCUUAUCUUCAGCAAGCAGGCCUCUCAGCAGUGGAGGCCAUGCCUCUAAUAAAGAGAAAGAAAUGGUGACAAGCCUGUUCUGCAAACUUGGAGUUCUUGUCAGGCAUAGGAUUUCACUGUUUGGAAACGAUGCAACAUCAAUAGUCAACUGUCUUCACAUUCUGGGACAGACUUUGGAUGCAAGGACUGUGAUGAAAACUGGUCUGGAAUCUGUUAGGAUGGCAUUGAGAGCAUUUUUGGACAAUGCUGCUGAGGAUCUGGAGAAAACAAUGGAAAAUCUUAAGCAAGGCCAGUUUACACACAGCAGAAACCAGCCAAAAGGAGUUACACAAAUAAUUAAUUAUACCACAGUUGCUCUCCUGCCAGUGCUAUCUUCGUUAUUUGAGCAUAUUGGACAGCACCAGUUUGGGGAAGAUUUGAUAUUGGAAGAUGUUCAGGUCUCUUGUUACAGAAUAUUGGCCAGUUUAUAUGCUCUGGGAACCAGCAAGAGUAUAUAUGUAGAGAGGCAACGAUCAGCACUAGGAGAGUGCUUGGCUGCUUUCUCAGGGGCCUUUCCAGUGGCUUUUUUGGAAACUCAUUUGAACAAACAUAAUAUCUACUCAAUCUACAAUACCAAGAAUGCGAGAGACAGAGCAGCCUCUCCUUCUAUGCGAGGGUCCACUCCUUUAGAUGUUGCUGCAGCAUCUGUAAUGGAUAACAAUGAACUUGCUCUGGCUUUAAGGGAACCUGAUCUGGAGAAGGUGGUUCGCUACUUGGCUGGAUGUGGGUUGCAGAGUUGUCCUUUGUUGAUUUGUAAAGGCUACCCGGACAUUGGAUGGAAUCCAGUUGAAGGAGAACGAUAUCUGGAUUUUCUCCGUUUUGCUGUUUUUUGCAAUGGAGAGAGUGUGGAGGAGAAUGCUAAUGUUGUAGUCAGACUGCUUAUUCGCCGACCUGAAUGUUUUGGUCCUGCUCUAAGAGGAGAAGGAGGCAAUGGGUUGCUUGCUGCCAUGGAGGAGGCAAUACAAAUAUCAGAAGAUCGAACAAGAGAUGGGCCUUCCCCAAGUAAUGGAUCUAGUAAAACCCUUGAAAUAGAAGAACAAGAAGAUGACACUAUUCAUAUGGGAAAUGCAAUCAUGACCUUUUAUGCUGCCUUGAUUGAUCUCUUAGGACGUUGUGCCCCUGAAAUGCAUCUAAUCCAUGCUGGGAAAGGAGAAGCCAUUAGAAUCAGAUCAAUUCUACGGUCUUUGAUUCCACUUGAAGAUUUGGUGGGAGUAAUCAGUAUUGCUUUCCACAUGCCAACCAUAGCAAAAGAUGGUACUGUGGUGGAACCUGACAUGUCUGCGGGGUUUUGCCCUGAUCACAAGGCAGCCAUGGUUUUGUUCCUUGACAGGGUCUAUGGAAUUGAGGACCAGGAUUUUCUUCUACACCUUCUUGAAGUUGGCUUUCUGCCAGACCUUCGUGCUGCUGCCUCAUUAGAUACGGCUGCUUUAAGUGCUACAGAUAUGGCUUUGGCUCUGAAUCGAUACCUUUGCACAGCGGUCUUGCCUCUCUUGACCAGAUGUGCUCCUCUGUUUGCUGGCACAGAGCACCAUGCUUCCCUCAUCGAUUCCUUAUUGCACACUGUGUACAGACUCUCAAAGGGAUGCUCUCUUACCAAAGCUCAGCGAGAUUCUAUUGAAGAGUGUUUGCUGUCUAUCUGUGGGCAGUUGCGGCCUUCCAUGAUGCAGCAUUUGCUGAGGAGAUUAGUAUUUGAUGUUCCUCUGUUAAAUGAACAUGCAAAGAUGCCUCUCAAGUUGCUGACAAAUCAUUAUGAAAGAUGCUGGAAGUAUUAUUGUUUGCCAAGUGGAUGGGGUAACUUCGGUGCUGCCUCAGAAGAAGAACUUCAUUUAUCCAGAAAGUUGUUCUGGGGUAUUUUUGAUGCUUUAUCUCAAAAGAAGUAUGAACAGGAACUGUUCAAACUGGCUUUGCCUUGUCUCAGUGCAGUUGCAGGGGCCUUACCUCCAGAUUAUAUGGAAUCAAAUUAUGUCAAUAUGAUGGAAAAACAGUCUUCGAUGGAUUCAGAUGGGAACUUUAAUCCUCAACCUGUUGAUACCUCAAACAUUACAAUCCCUGAGAAGCUAGAAUAUUUCAUUAACAAAUAUGCAGAACAUGCUCAUGACAAAUGGUCAAUGGAAAAGUUUGCCAAUGGAUGGACCUAUGGUGAAACCUUUUCUGAAUCUGCAAAAGUGCAGCCAUUAAUGAAACAAUAUAAGUUGCUGUCUGAAAAGGAGAAAGAAAUUUAUCGAUGGCCAAUCAAAGAAUCACUAAAAACCAUGCUGGCAUGGGGAUGGCGAAUUGAAAGGACACGGGAAGGAGAUUCCAUGGCGCUCUAUAAUCGGACGCGUCGCAUAUCUCAAACCAGUCAAAUCUCUGUAGAUACAGCCCAUGGUUACACUCCUCGAGCAAUUGACAUGAGCAAUGUCACCCUCUCCAGAGACUUACAUGCUAUGGCUGAGAUGAUGGCUGAAAACUACCAUAACAUAUGGGCAAAGAAAAAGAAACUGGAGCUCGAAGCAAAAGUAGGAGGAGGCAACCAUCCCCUUCUUGUUCCUUAUGAUACACUCACAGCCAAAGAAAAAGCCAAAGACAGAGAAAAAGCACAGGAUAUUCUGAAAUUUCUACAGAUUAAUGGAUAUGUUGUCUCCAGAGGACUUAAGGACCUGGAAUUAGACACUCCUUCCAUUGAGAAGCGUUUUGCCUACAGCUUCCUUCAGCAGCUUAUAAGAUACGUGGAUGAAGCCCAUCAGUACAUUUUGGAGUUCGAUGGUGGCAGCAGAGGCAAAGGAGAGCAGUUCCCAUAUGAACAAGAAAUCAAGUUUUUUGCCAAAGUUGUGCUCCCUUUGAUUGAUCAGUAUUUUAAAAAUCAUCGCCUGUAUUUCUUAUCUUCAGCAAGCAGGCCUCUCAGCAGUGGAGGCCAUGCCUCUAAUAAAGAGAAAGAAAUGGUGACAAGCCUGUUCUGCAAACUUGGAGUUCUUGUCAGGCAUAGGAUUUCACUGUUUGGAAACGAUGCAACAUCAAUAGUCAACUGUCUUCACAUUCUGGGACAGACUUUGGAUGCAAGGACUGUGAUGAAAACUGGUCUGGAAUCUGUUAGGAUGGCAUUGAGAGCAUUUUUGGACAAUGCUGCUGAGGAUCUGGAGAAAACAAUGGAAAAUCUUAAGCAAGGCCAGUUUACACACAGCAGAAACCAGCCAAAAGGAGUUACACAAAUAAUUAAUUAUACCACAGUUGCUCUCCUGCCAGUGCUAUCUUCGUUAUUUGAGCAUAUUGGACAGCACCAGUUUGGGGAAGAUUUGAUAUUGGAAGAUGUUCAGGUCUCUUGUUACAGAAUAUUGGCCAGUUUAUAUGCUCUGGGAACCAGCAAGAGUAUAUAUGUAGAGAGGCAACGAUCAGCACUAGGAGAGUGCUUGGCUGCUUUCUCAGGGGCCUUUCCAGUGGCUUUUUUGGAAACUCAUUUGAACAAACAUAAUAUCUACUCAAUCUACAAUACCAAGAAUGCGAGAGACAGAGCAGUUCUGAAUUUGCCAACUAGUGUAGAAGAGGUUUGCCCAAAUAUUCCUUCUUUGGUGAAGCUAAUGGAAGAAAUAGUGGAACUGGCAGAAUCCGGUAUUCGUUACACACAAAUGCCACACAUCAUGGAAGUCAUACUGCCAAUGCUGUGCAGUUACAUGUCACACUGGUGGGAGCAUGGGCCAGAGAACAAUCCUGACAAGGCUGAAAUGUGUUGCACAGCCUUGACGUCAGAGCACAUGAACACUCUGUUGGGUAACAUAUUGAAAAUCAUCUAUAACAACCUUGGUAUUGAUGAAGGAGCCUGGAUGAAGAGAUUAGCAGUGUUUUCCCAGCCCAUCAUAAGUAAAGCGAAGCCACAGCUCUUAAAGACACACUUCCUUCCACUGAUGGAUAAACUAAAGAAAAAGGCAGCAGUGGUUGUAUCGGAUGAAGAACAUCUAAGAGCAGAAGGCAGAGGUGACAUGUCGGAGGCUGAACUGCUCAUCCUAGAUGAGUUCACCACUUUGGCACGGGACCUCUAUGCCUUCUACCCUUUGUUGAUUAGAUUUGUGGACUAUAACAGGGCAAAAUGGCUGAAAGAGCCCAAUCCUGAAGCAGAAGAGCUGUUCCGCAUGGUGGCUGAGGUCUUCAUUUACUGGUCGAAGUCUCAUAAUUUCAAAAGGGAGGAGCAGAACUUUGUGGUACAAAAUGAAAUCAACAACAUGUCUUUCCUUAUCAGUGACACCAAAUCUAAGAUGUCUAAGGCAGCAGUUUCUGACCAGGAAAGGAAGAAGAUGAAGCGAAAAGGUGACCGCUACUCCAUGCAAACCUCUCUCAUUGUGGCAGCACUAAAGAGAUUGCUUCCAAUAGGCCUAAACAUCUGUGCUCCUGGAGACCAAGAGCUAAUUGCACUGGCCAAAAAUCGAUUUAGCAUGAAAGACACUGAGGAUGAAGUACGAGAUGUCAUCCGCAGUAAUCUCCAUCUUCAGGGCAAGCUUGAGGAUCCCGCCAUUAGAUGGCAGAUGGCACUUUACAAAGAUUUACCAAACAGGACUGAAGAUUCUUCAGAUCCAGAGAAGACUGUGGAAAGGGUCCUUGAUAUAGCUAAUGUGCUGUUUCACCUGGAACAGGUUGAGCAUCCUCAGCGAUCCAAAAAAGCAGUGUGGCAUAAGCUGCUGUCUAAGCAGAGGAAAAGAGCAGUGGUGGCCUGCUUUAGAAUGGCACCGUUGUAUAAUCUGCCAAGACAUCGAGCCGUCAAUCUCUUUCUUCAAGGCUAUGAUAAAUCUUGGAUUGAAACAGAAGAGCACUAUUUUGAAGACAAACUGAUAGAAGACUUAGCAAAACCUGGAGAGGAACCACCAGAAGAAGAUGAAAGCCUUAAAAGAGUUGAUCCUUUACAUCAACUUAUUCUGCUAUUCAGUCGAACAGCCUUGACUGAAAAAUGUAAAUUGGAAGAAGAUUUCCUGUAUAUGGCUUAUGCUGACAUUAUGGCAAAGAGCUGCCAUGAUGAAGAAGAUGAUGAUGGUGAAGAAGAAGUGAAGAGCUUUGAAGUGACAGGAUCACAACGCAGCAAGGAAAAAGAAAUGGAAAAGCAAAAACUUCUGUAUCAACAAGCCAGACUGCAUGAUCGAGGUGCUGCUGAAAUGGUUCUGCAGACAAUCAGUGCAAGUAAAGGUGAGAUGGGGCCAAUGGUUGCAGCUACCCUAAAGCUAGGAAUUGCCAUCUUAAAUGGAGGAAAUUCUACUGUUCAACAGAAAAUGCUUGACUACCUCAAAGAUAAAAAGGAUGUGGGGUUCUUUCAGAGCCUUGCUGGUCUUAUGCAGUCCUGUAGUGUUCUUGACCUAAAUGCGUUUGAACGACAGAACAAAGCAGAAGGCCUUGGCAUGGUGACUGAAGAGGGAUCAGGAGAAAAGGUGAUGCAGGAUGACGAGUUCACCUGUGACCUCUUCCGCUUCCUUCAGUUGCUUUGUGAAGGACACAAUUCAGAUUUUCAGAAUUACCUGAGAACUCAAACUGGUAACAACACAACUGUUAAUAUUAUCAUUUCUACUGUGGAUUACUUAUUGAGAGUUCAGGAAUCCAUCAGUGAUUUCUAUUGGUAUUAUUCUGGGAAGGAUGUUAUUGAUGAACAAGGACAGCGAAAUUUUUCCAAAGCCAUCCAGGUUGCAAAACAAGUUUUCAAUACUCUCACAGAGUAUAUCCAGGGGCCGUGUACUGGGAAUCAGCAAAGUCUGGCACACAGCAGGCUGUGGGAUGCUGUAGUUGGUUUCCUUCAUGUGUUUGCACACAUGCAGAUGAAGCUGUCUCAGGAUUCCAGUCAAAUUGAACUAUUGAAGGAAUUAAUGGAUCUUCAGAAAGAUAUGGUUGUCAUGUUGCUGUCUAUGCUGGAAGGUAAUGUUGUGAAUGGAACUAUUGGAAAGCAGAUGGUCGAUAUGCUUGUGGAAUCAUCGAACAAUGUGGAAAUGAUUCUGAAGUUUUUUGAUAUGUUCUUAAAAUUGAAAGAUUUGACUUCCUCUGAUGCAUUCAAAGAAUAUGACCCUGAUGGUAAAGGGAUAAUUUCGAAGAGGGAUUUUCACAGGGCAAUGGAAAGCCACAAGCACUACACUCAGUCUGAAACUGAGUUUCUGCUGUCAUGUGCUGAAACAGAUGAGAAUGAGACUUUGGACUAUGAGGAGUUUGUGAAACGAUUUCAUGAGCCUGCCAAAGACAUUGGUUUCAAUGUUGCUGUUCUCCUGACCAACCUGUCAGAACACAUGCCCCACGAUACACGCUUGCAAACUUUCCUUGAGCUCUCAGAGAGUGUGCUGAAUUACUUUCAGCCUUUCCUUGGACGUAUAGAGAUCAUGGGCAGCGCAAAGCGCAUUGAACGAGUUUAUUUUGAAAUAAGUGAGUCAAGUCGGACUCAGUGGGAAAAACCUCAGGUAAAAGAAUCAAAGAGGCAGUUUAUAUUUGAUGUUGUAAAUGAAGGUGGGGAGAAAGAAAAGAUGGAGCUUUUUGUUAACUUCUGUGAGGAUACCAUCUUUGAAAUGCAACUGGCUGCCCAGAUCUCUGAGUCAGAUCUGAAUGAAAGGUCAGCUAAUAAAGAGGAGAAUGAGAAGGAUAAUCCUGAGGAGGAAGAUCCUAGAAUGGGUUUCUUUUCUCUCGUGACCAUGAAGUCAGCUUUAGUAGCUCUCAAGUAUAAUUUAAUGACUCUUAUGAAAAUGCUCAGCAUGAAGAGUCUAAAGAAACAAAUGAAAAAGGUGAAGAAAAUGACCAUGAAGGACAUGGUCAUGGCUUUGUUUUCUUCCUACUGGAGCAUUUUGGUGGGCUUAGUACAUUUUGCUUGUAGUGUUGUCCGGGGCUUUUUUCGCAUCAUAUGCAGUUUGCUGCUUGGAGGAAGCCUAGUUGAAGGAGCCAAGAAAAUCAAGGUGGCUGAGCUGCUGGCUAAUAUGCCAGAUCCCACUCAGGAUGAGGUGCGUGGGGAAGAAGAAGAAGGGGAGAGGAAACCAACAGAAGCUGCACUGCCUGCAGAAGACUUGACGGAUCUGCAGACUUUAACAGAAGAGAGUGAUCUGCUCUCAGAUAUAUUUGGUUUGGAUUUGAAACGAGAAGGUGGACAGUAUAAACUGAUCCCUCACAAUCCAAAUGCUGGUUUGAGUGAUUUACUGAGCACUCCCUCCUUAGCACCAAUGCCCGAGGAAAAAAUCCAGGAGAAGGUGAAAGAAGAUGAAAAGGAAGAGAAAGAAGAAACAAAAUCGGAACCUGAAAAAGCUGAAGGAGAAGAUGGAGAAAAAGAAGAGAAAACCAAGGAAGACAAAGGGAAACAAAAAUUAAGACAACUGCAUACGCACAGAUACGGAGAACCAGAAGUUCAGGAAUCAGUUUUCUGGAAGAAUAUCAUUGCAUACCAGCAGAAGCUUCUUAACUACUUUGCACGCAACUUUUACAACAUGAGGAUGUUGGCGUUAUUUGUUGCUUUUGCCAUCAACUUCAUCCUUCUUUUCUAUAAGGUCUCCACAUCUGCUGUGCCAGAAGAAAAGGAACUCCCUGUGGUAUCUGAUGGUGAAAGUACCAAGUUGAACAUCCUGGAAAGUGAUGAUGAGAGGGUCAUUGCAGUGCACUAUGUCCUGGAAGAAAGCAGCGGCUACAUGGAGCCCACACUGAGGAUUUUGGCCAUCCUACACACGGUCAUCUCAUUCUUCUGCAUCAUAGGGUAUUAUUGUUUGAAAGUUCCAUUGGUUAUUUUUAAGAGAGAAAAGGAAGUGGCAAGGAAAUUGGAAUUUGAUGGGCUAUAUAUAACUGAACAGCCAUCAGAAGAUGAUAUUAAGGGACAGUGGGAUCGACUUGUAAUCAACACACAGUCUUUUCCAAAUAACUAUUGGGACAAGUUUGUGAAAAGAAAGGUAAUGGAUAAAUACGGUGAGUUCUAUGGCCGUGACAGGAUCAGUGAAUUACUAGGAAUGGACAAAGCUGCUCUUGAUUUUAGUGAUGCUCGAGAAAAGAAGAAACCAAAGAAGGAUAGCUCCUUUUCUGCUGUGUUAAAUUCCAUUGAUGUUAAGUAUCAGAUGUGGAAAUUGGGAGUUGUUUUCACUGAUAAUUCUUUCCUUUACCUAGCAUGGUACAUGACCAUGUCAGUCCUCGGCCAUUACAACAAUUUUUUCUUUGCUGCUCAUCUCCUUGACAUUGCAAUGGGAUUCAAGACAUUACGAACUAUCCUGUCAUCAGUCACCCACAAUGGCAAACAGCUUGUCCUAACAGUGGGACUACUGGCAGUAGUGGUAUACUUGUAUACAGUAGUGGCAUUCAAUUUUUUCCGCAAGUUCUACAACAAGAGUGAAGAUGGUGAUAUGCCAGACAUGAAAUGUGAUGAUAUGCUAACAUGCUACAUGUUUCACAUGUAUGUUGGAGUACGGGCAGGAGGAGGCAUUGGUGACGAAAUAGAAGAUCCAGCCGGAGAUGAAUAUGAAAUCUAUCGGAUUAUCUUCGACAUCACUUUCUUCUUCUUUGUGAUUGUCAUCCUGCUUGCAAUUAUCCAAGGUUUAAUUAUUGAUGCUUUUGGUGAGUUAAGAGAUCAGCAAGAGCAAGUUAAGGAAGACAUGGAGACGAAGUGCUUUAUCUGUGGAAUAGGAAAUGACUACUUUGAUACAGUGCCUCAUGGCUUUGAAACACACACACUACAGGAGCACAACUUGGCCAAUUAUUUGUUUUUUCUGAUGUAUCUUAUUAACAAAGAUGAAACCGAGCAUACAGGACAGGAAUCAUAUGUGUGGAAAAUGUACCAAGAACGAUGCUGGGAGUUUUUCCCUGCUGGUGAUUGCUUCCGAAAGCAAUAUGAAGACCAGCUCAACUAAGCAAAAAUGAGGAUUUCUGGACAAAAAUGUCCUUGUAUUUCCCAUCUCUUUUGGGAAUGUCUAAAAGAUUUCGUAAAUCCCCAAAGCUGUGUGCAUUUUGGAGCACCAAAGCUCUGUUUUUAAUGACCCAACUGCACUUUUAUUUUCUUGUGUAUUUGCUUUGAGAACACUGGAGUAAAGAACAAUGGAAAAUUACAGCAACUUUGGAACCAAACCAACCACUUGCACAGGCAAAAGAUGUCCCUAUACAUAACAUGCACAUACAAGUAGAGACUUGAGACAGCUUAUUUUUGAAACUGCCAGAUGAUACCCUUGUCUAAAAGAUCACACAUGGGGUGACAUGGUAGCAACACUCAUUUGGUCUGUUUAUUUCAUCAUCCUGGAAGGAACUAAAAAUAUAGUUCACAGAGCACCGUAAAAGAUUGAUGUGGACACUAAGUUGUGGGGAAAUAGUGCCUUACUAUAUGUGGGUUGAGCUAUGCAGAAGAUGAGUGCAUGAUGACAUUUUUAUUUUUCUUUUUCUUUACGUCUUCCCUUCCAAUUUAGUAUUUAUUUUGUGGUUUUGGUGGGUUUGGGAGGAAGGGAUUUGAUUGUGCACAUCUUUUUAAUAAGACUGGAGUGUCUCAGGACAAGAUUAGGUUAUUCUCAUCAAGUUAAUUUCACAUUUACCUUCCUCUUUAGCUUUUGCUCUUAUUUUGGUAAUGCUCUGAUACAACACUGCUACUUUAUGAAAUCUUUGUAUGAAUACAAGACAGCUGCAAAAAACACUUUAACAAGAAAUGUUUCAUUGCAUGUUUAUUAUGCAAGUUUAAAACAAUCAAAAAACAACCUUCAGAAACAAGUUGAUCAACAUGAAAAAACAUUCACAAUAAUUAUAUCCAUAGUAAUAAAGUGUUGUGGGCUUUAUUGUACAUCUGGAACAAGUGUCAUCAACCAACAAUAUGAAUAUAUGUUAUGAAUUUGACAGUAAUUUUGGUUUCUUUAUUUUUUUUCUUUCUUUCAUUUCUGCCACCUGUGAUCGAUAGUGGAGUUGAAGAUUUUCUUGUUAAAUUAUUUUUUAAAAGCAAAGCUGAAGCAAUAUCCAUUCAGGGACUCCAUCAGUUGCAUCAUGAAACACCAAUGAUGUGUACAUUACUCCAUUUUGAGUCCUUUUCAAUUGUAAUGCCAGUCUUUACAAAUAAAAAGAGACAUUCAGAAUGGAAACAAGUUGGUUUUGGUAGCAUUUGAAGUCUUUUUAAUUGAAUCUUUUUAUCAAUCUCUGAAAUAAUUUCAACGACAUCAAACCAGGAUUAAGCUACUCUUUCCUUAAUUAAAGGUUUUGGUACUGUUUUUGGUCUUUUGUCCUGGACUUCUUGCUCUUCUAUUGCUCUCCAUUUCUUUACAGGUCACAGUUUUGUCAUAAAAGAAAUUAUCUGUACAAGAAUUCAGUUAUAACUUAAAAAAUUAAAAAAAUAAAAAUUUACAAUUAAGGGAAUAAUCACGCAAAAAUGCUCAAGCUGUAAUCUUAAAAGCCAGGCUUUCAGUUCUGUGAAUUUUGCCGAAUUUGGUAUUCUGUUCACUGUUCUGGUAAAAUUCUCUCAAACUUUGCAAGAUUUGAGGCCAGAGUCUGGGCAGUUUGGUGACAGUGCAAGGGACAGGUACAGCAACUGCAAUUUGUAUUCAGUUUUUAAACCACUCCCACCCAGACUGGAAUGUUCAGUCCAGUUCUGUUUCCUCCCUGUUUGGAACAACUUUAUAAAGCACCUUUAUUCAA